AGUACCUAUAUCUAAUCAGAUAUGCUAAUCCCAUUUAUUGUUAUCAAGUAAAAUCUAUUUGAUAUUGAUAAAAGUUAAAAACUUGAAUCAUUUUCCAUAGGACAUAGUGGUAAACAGCCAUGUCCUACUUAAUAAAGUUGGCAAUAUUGCCAGCUUUACUGGCAAUUGCUACAGCAAAUUUUCCUUUCGAUGUAGAAGAAGUUUACAGAAGUGAUGCUCAGGAACUGGACAGCGCGCUUACGUAUCGUCUCCCUGAAGACUUAGACCCUAUCCACUAUGAAGUAGAAAUAACUCCUUACUUUGAAGAGGCACCUGCAAAUAGAGAGCCUUUUACUUUCGAUGGUCGCGUUACUUUAACUAUCAGGGCUGUAACUGAUAAUUUGAACGCUCUUAUCGUACAAGAGAAUGUUAGAGAUGUAUUAGCAAUAUCAUUAUUAGUGAACGAUACUGGAAUUCCUGUUGCUCUUAACACCUCAAAUCCAUUUGAACGUAUCCGACAAUUUCAUUUCUUGAGGAUCAACUUAGCAGAUGGAGUGACGUUGGUCAAUGGAGAAGUUUAUCGGUUGAAUAUUAUAUAUAUUGGAAAUAUCAAUGAGACACCUCUUUCUCGAGGUGUGUUUAGGGGUAGUUAUAGAGAUGACAAUGGAAACUUACACUGGUACGCCGCCACUCACUUGCAGCCGGUGAACUCGAGACAAGCGUUCCCAAGUUUUGACGAACCUGGUUUCAAAAGCACUUUUGACAUCAUCAUCAAUAGACCAGCUAACUUCACAGAAACAUUCUCUAACAUGAGGAUUAGAGAGAGUUAUCCAGUCGGCGACCGUGUUAGAGAAAUUUUCCACACAACACCAAGAAUGUCAGCGUAUUUGAUCAGCUUCCACAUCAGCGAAGAAUUCCGUGUUAUUGCUGAAAAUAACGACCAAGAAAGACCAUACCGUAUCAUAGCCAGACCCAAUGCUGCUAAUCAAGGCGCAUACGCUUUGGAAGUUGGACCUCCAAUCACUACCUGGUUAGACAAUUACUUCAACAUCAGCUACUAUGAUAUGGCCGAUGGUCUAAAGAAUGAUCAGAUAGCUGUUCCUGAUUGGGCGUCAGGCGCUACUGAGAACUGGGGAUUGGUUAGUUACAGAGAGAUUCGUCUUCUAUACGAAGAGGGAGAAACCAACGUUGUAGACAAGAUGAGUGUUGCUACCAUCACGGCUCACGAGCUCGCCCACAAGUGGUUCGGGAACCUCAUCACCUGCAGGUGGUGGGAUAACGUCUGGAUCAACGAGGGAUUCGCCAGCUACUUCGAGUAUUUUGCCAUGGAUGGGGUUGACAGGGACAUGGAACUAGAAGACCAGUUCAACAUCAUGUAUGUCCAGAGCGCACUAUCAGCCGACUCGGCCAUCAACACCAGGUCUCUCCAGCACACCGUCAACAGUCCGGCCCAAGUCACCGAACACUUCUCUGGCAUCAGCUACUCUAAAGGAGCCUCCUUGUUGCUCAUGCUGAAGCAUUUCCUUGGUGAAGACACGUUCAAGAGGGCGCUGUAUUUGUUUUUGGAUGACAGAUCAUAUGAACACGCCUUCCCAUCAGACCUGUUUAGAGCGUUCGCCCAAGCUGUUUCUGAAAGCAAUCAAGCUACAAACGUUGAUAUUGCUUCGUUCAUGCGGUACUGGGUUGAAGAGCCGGGGUACCCUGUAAUUGACGUAAAUGUCGAUAUGGGCACUGGUCUUAUAACUAUCACUCAGGAGCGUUUCUUCUUAAGUACCACUGCUGAGCAAACCCAACAAAACUGGCCUUUGCCCCUGACUUUUACCAGUGGAAACAAUCCGAGCUGGAACGACCUCACUCCGAGGCACCUGAUGAAUGGCAGCUCUUAUGAGAUCCAGAAAGAUCCAGGCCAUGAGUGGGUCGUCUUCAAUGUGCAGCAAAAAGGUAUUUACAGAGUAAAUUACGACACCCACAACUGGGAAAUGCUGGCGAAUGCUCUGAGAGAAGAUUACAACAGCAUUCAUUAUCUGAACAGGGCUCAGAUUGUCGAUGAUGUUUUUGCACUGAUGCGAUCAGAGAGAAUGCCCUAUAUGCUGGGCUUCAGAGUGCUGGAAUUCCUUAAACAAGACACCAGUUACUACUCGUGGUAUCCGGCUAUAACCGGUUUCAACUGGUUGAGGAACAGAUUUCUGCAUCUUCCAGCAGUUUUGUCGGAGUUCGACGAAAUCCUCUUCGAAUACCUGGAGAACGUGAUCGCAGACGUUGGCUAUGACGUGCAAAACGGAGAAUCUCUCACCCAGACCCUCAAACGAUUGCACGUUCUCUCAUUUGCAUGCAGCAUCGGUCAUCGGGGAUGCGUUGACGACGCGGUUGAGAAGUACACCGCUUUUAGGACGCAGGGUCAAAGUAUAAAUCCCAACAUCCGUCGUCACGUAUUCUGCUCGGGGCUCAACCACGGAGACUACGCUGAUUGGCGCGCCCUCUAUGACCUCAGACAGAACUCUAACAAUCAAGCUGCUGGAGUCGUGAUGCUGAGGGGUUUGGGUUGCAGCACCAACGCACAGGCUGUGCAGGAAUACCUCAACAUGAUUCUGAACGGCGAUUUGGUGAAGGCUCAGGAUCGAGUGAACGCCUUCACUUUCCUGUACAUGGGCAGCCGUGCAAAUGCCAACGUAGCUUUGCAAUACAUCAAGGAACACGUGGACGAGAUUAGAAUUGGAGUGGUUCUGCCAAAUUGGUUCAACAACGUUCUAAGUAACCUUGCCUCUUAUCUGGAUGAAGAAGGAUUAGCUGAUAUGGAACAAUGGCUGCAAGAAUCGAACAUUCCAGAAGCAGAGAACGGACUCAGUGCUAUAUCCUUGGCCAGAGCGAACAUACAGUGGGGUACAGACAGAGCAGACUUGAUACUGACGGCAGCGAGGGGCGCUGCGGCAGUACUAGUGCCGUCUAUCACUCUUCUACUGACCAUACUGAUAGCUUUCAUGAUACGGUAGAGGAACUCCAAUUUUCAGAACUUGUUCGACCAAUCCUUGAUUACUGUAAAGGUGAAGGAAUUGAAACAGAAUUUGGUGUUAUUGUUGAGGUGUGAUAAUUAAUAAAUUUGUUUUAAGCAUAUAA